AUGUUUAAGAUGAUUCAAAAAUAUGAUGAUUCAACUAAUAUAUUAUUAAUUAUAGUAUCAUUUUCAAUAACAAUAAUAUUAUCAUUUAUAUUUUGUAUUUAUAAAUUAUUUUUUAGUAAAUCUAGAUAUCAAAAUGGAGAAUAUCAAACAUUAUCAUCAUCAAUUACUGAUAGUUUAAUGGGAUCACAUUCAAAUGAUGUACCAAGAGAAUUUUUAAAUGAUGAAGAAAGUUUAAAACAUUUAGCUGAACAAUUUGAUUUUACAAAUUUAUCACCUGAAGAACAACAACAAUAUUUAAAAUCUCAAGAAUUUGCAAUUAUAAAUCCACCUGAUUUUAAUAAAACAAAGGGGAAAACAUUUUCAUUAGAUGAUGAAAAAAUUAUAAAAGAAUAUGGUAUAAAUGCUUUUAAAUUUGAAAUGGAAAAUGAUAUUUUAAAUCCUCAUUAUAUUAUUGCAGAUAAAACUGAAAUAAAUUUUAAUAAUAAUGAUUUACCUUAUUGUACUACAACAACAUCCUUAAAUUAUCCUUUACCAGUUAGAAAUAGAUUAUAUUCAGAUACUAUAUAUUUUGAAACUAAAAUAUUUGAAUUUCAACAAUCAACAAAUACUCAACAUUUUGCUAUUGGAUUAAUUACAAAACCUUAUCCAACAAGUUUUAGAUUACCUGGUUAUAAUAAAUUUUCUAUAGCAUAUGAAAGUACUGGUAAUUUAAAAAUAAAUAAACCAUUUCCAACACCAUUACAACAACAUUUAGAUGAACAAAGUCAAUAUAAUGCAUUAGUUUUACCACCAUUACAACAAUCAGACGUUGUUGGAUUUGGGUAUGUUAUUCCAACAGGUACUAUUUUUAUAACAAGAAAUGGUAAAAAACUUUUGGAUGUAAUGAAAGGAUGUUUUGUAGAUAUGUACCCAGCAAUUGGUUGUUUUUCAACAAAUGCUAAAUUUCAAGUUAAUUUAGGACAAAGUGGAUUUGUAUGGAUUGAAGCAAAUGUACGUAAAUAUGGGUUUGUUUCAACAAGUGAUUAUAAAAAAUUACAAGGUGAUAGAGGAUUAGCUCAUUUACCACAAUAUAAUAAAAUUUUAAAUAAUGACACAAAUGAUAAAAUUUUAGAUAAAGGAGAAGAAUUACCACCAAGAUAUAUUAUUGAAGAAGAAUUAGAUUUUUUCGGUAGAUCAUCAAAUGAUAUAACAAGGGUAGGAUCAAGUGCUCAACAUAUGAAAUUAAAUGAAAAAGGGUUUAAUAAGUAUGGUUCAACUGAUGAUACUGAAAUUAAUGAUGAACAUUAUCAAAGUCCAGAUGAUGAAGAUGAUGAAGAACAUGAAGAAAUUAAACUGCAUCAUAAUAAUGAUGUUAAUAUAACUAAUGAUCCUGAAGAUAUUAUGGAUUUAAGAGAAAGAUUAUAUGAACAUGAUAUUAGAAAUGCUAAUAAUAAUUUAAAUGAAUUAGAUCAACAAGAUUCUCAAGAUUCAGAUGAAUCUCAAGAACUUCAACAAAAACCAAAAUCUCAAUCUCAAGCUCACCCACAAGAACAAGUACAAGAACAAGUACAAGCCCCACCUCAAUCACAAGUACAAAUACAACCACAAAAUCAAGAACCUGCUCAACAUCAACAACAAGAAACAACUCAACCAGAAGAAUUAGUACAAGAGUCAACUCAAGCACAAGUAUCAGUAGAUACUCAACAACCUCAGCAACAAAAUUCCGAAGCUGACAAAGAUAAAUCACAAAAUGAAUCAUCAACUACCGCCUCACCCCAAUCAACAACUGAAACGGCCUCAGACGAACCACAAGCUGAAAAAUCACAACCAAUAGUACCAGACCCAGAACAAAAUUCAAAAACUGAUACCACGCAAACAACAGUGCCAACAGAAAUAACUCAAUCAAUAGAAAAUGGAGAAACUGUAGAUAAUGGAGAAGUAGAAAAUGAUGAAGAUAAUGAAGAAUCAACAAGUACAAAUAAUGUAAAAUCUAAUUCACCAAGUUCAUCCGGUAAUAAGAAGAAGAAGAAGAAAACACCUAAGAAGAAGAAUAAUAAAAAAAAAAGAAAGUAA